UGUUACACCGACAUUCUUGCUCCUGCACCCCUCGGGCGCGCCCGGGUGAGAAGCGAGAGCAUUCCACAAGCUUGGUAGGUUUAGCCGACACAUUCACCUGUUCAACCUCGACCAGGCGCCGCCGACUUGAUCAGUGCUUUACUAUACGCCUCCCUUCUAUUGUCAAGAAUGUCCGUCAUCAUCGAGCAAUACAACAAGGAAUGGCCGCAGCAAUUCGAAACUAUCAAGUCGGAGUUGGAACAUCACCUGCAGGACAUCGAGUACCUCUCGAUCGAGCACGUGGGUAGUACAUCAGUACCGGGACUUGUCGCCAAACCUAUCAUCGACGUUGACAUCAUUGUUACUCGCGAUAACGUUCAGCUUGCUAUCGACGCUCUCAUCGAGAAAGGAAAAUUCGAUUACCUUGGAGAGCUGGGGAUCGUGGACCGUCAUGCCUUCAAGGACCCUAACCAAUCCAAUCGCCACAACGUUUACAUAUGUGUCGACGGUGUUGCACAAACGCGCAACCACCUCAGCUUGCGCGAUACGCUACGCUCUGACGAUGAGUUGAGGGAUGAGUACGCGCGAGUGAAGCUAGAACUCGCAGCGAAAGCAAACAACAUCGUCGAUUAUAUGGUCGCCAAGGGCAAUGUUAUUCAGAAGAUCCUCAAAGCCUCUGGUGCCUUUACCAAGGAAGAACUCGCAGCCAUCGCCCGCGCAAACGUGAAGGGCGAGCGCUUCGGUGCCAUCAAGACACCCCGUCUGCUCCUCCGGGAGUUCGUAAUGAAGGACGAGGAAGGCUACUUUCUUCUCGAAGGAAACGAGCAAAAUGCACGUUACCAGGAGUGGCCCCCACGAACACGUCAGCAAGCUCGUGAGCUCGUCUUGGAGAACAUUCGCAACCAUAACGACGUGCCGCGAACGAAGUAUGAACUCGCUGUCGAGACGCUCGACGAACAAUUCAUCGGCCGCGUCGGCGCCAAAACAUCUCAAGCGAACUCCGACUCCCUUCCAGGAGAAUCUACUAUCAAGCCAGUCACCCACGCCAAUCUCUGGUUUUCCUUCUUGCCCUCAAUGCAAGGCAAGGGUUACGCUACAGAAGCCAUGACAGCCUUCAUCGACGCCUUGAAAGAAAGACUGCAGAACCAAGGGAAGCUGGAGAUGGAGAUUGAGUGUGAUCCUAGGAACGAGGGGAGUUGGAAGUUAGCGGAGAGAUUGGGAUUUGAAAGACAUAGCUUGACGAAGGAAAAGACACAAAUCAAGGGCGAAUGGGUGGAUAGUCUGGUUAUGAGGAAAGUUGUUGGUGAUGUGGCAUUUGCGUCGAAGCAUGUUAGGAGAGGAAGUAAGGUUAGCAGCAGUAUGCGGCUGAGUGCGACGGAAUUGUUUGAGAGCUGUCAUUGAUGAACUGGACCUUCUAGGGCGUAUUGCAGAUCGCCGACGGCUUGAAUUCUUAGCCUCGGUCUUCCUCUAGGUUUCAGGACGCCUGCUGCGAUAUGAGAAAGUAUGAAUUUGGUAUAUACUUCUCACUACAGAUACUCUUCCAUUGCUACUUGGCUCCUACAUACCCCAGAUGUGAGUCUGAACCAAAGACAGAUGUCAUGAAUCGG